UGUUAGCCGUCACAAAAAAUGAGAAACUUUAUCAUCUCCUCCAAAAUUACAUAACCCCAAAAAAACUCGCACACAUAAACGCCGAAAGUUAAAAGACAACUACACCUUCCACCCUUUCAUAUUUUCAUUUCUUCUCAGUAAGAACUAAGAAGAACAAGCAGCGACAACAAUGGCGAUGUCGAGCAUUGCCCGAAGAAAAUCCACCCUCCUCUCCAAAAACCUCUGCAACUCUACCGAAUCUCUUCGCUACACACUUUCUCUCUCCUCCUUUUCUCGCUACUUCUCCUCCGGAUCCGACGAAAACGAUGUCGUCAUCAUCGGUGGCGGUCCUGGUGGUUACGUGGCCGCCAUUAAAGCUGCUCAGCUUGGCCUCAAAACUACCUGUAUUGAGAAGCGUGGAGCCCUUGGGGGUACUUGUCUUAAUGUUGGUUGUAUUCCUUCUAAGGCACUUCUUCAUUCCUCCCACAUGUAUCAUGAAGCAAAACAUUCUUUUGCUUCCCAUGGUGUGAAGUUCUCUUCAGUCGAGGUUGAUUUGCCUGCCAUGAUGGGGCAAAAAGACAAAGCUGUGGCUAAUUUGACCAAAGGUAUUGAGGGUUUGUUUAAGAAAAACAAAGUAAACUAUGUGAAGGGCUAUGGAAAAUUCGUGUCUCCUUCUGAAGUGUCUGUGGACACUAUUGAAGGCGGAAACACUGUUGUGAAAGGCAAACAUAUAAUUGUGGCUACUGGGUCUGAUGUGAAGUCUCUACCGGGAGUUACAAUUGACGAACAGAAAAUUGUUUCUUCAACCGGAGCUUUGGCUUUAAAAGAAAUCCCCAAGAGACUUGUUGUGAUUGGUGCUGGCUACAUUGGACUCGAGAUGGGUUCUGUAUGGGGUAGGAUUGGUUCAGAGGUUACUGUUGUGGAAUUUGCUUCAGAUAUUGUUCCUACGAUGGAUGGUGAAGUGCGCAAGCAAUUCCAACGUUCCCUUGAAAAACAAGGAAUGAAGUUCAAGUUGAAGACCAAGGUUGUUAGCGUAGACACCUCUGGGGAUGGUGUGAAGCUGACAAUUGAGCCAUCAGCUGGUGGUGAGCAAACCGUAAUUGAAGCUGAUGUGGUUCUUGUCUCUGCUGGCAGAGUCCCAUUUACUUCUGGGCUUGGUCUUGAAAACCUUGGAGUAGAAAUGGACAAGGGUGGUCGGAUUUUGGUGAACGAACGCUUUUCUACAAAUGUUUCUGGAGUGUAUGCGAUCGGAGAUGUAAUCCCGGGACCCAUGUUGGCCCACAAGGCAGAAGAGGACGGGGUUGCCUGUGUUGAGUUCAUUGCUGGAAAGCAUGGACAUGUUGACUAUGACUUGGUCCCUGGGGUUUGUUACACACACCCUGAGGUGGCUUCUGUAGGGAAGACUGAGGAGCAGGUGAAAACCCUUGGUGUUGAAUACCGUGUGGGUAAAUUUCCAUUCAUGGCAAACAGUAGAGCAAAGGCAAUUGAUAAUGCUGAAGGACUUGUCAAGAUCUUGGCUGAGAAGGAGUCUGACAAGAUUCUAGGAGUUCACAUUAUGGCCCCCAACGCCGGUGAACUUAUCCACGAGGCAGUUCUAGCAUUGCAUUAUGGGGCUUCUAGUGAGGAUAUUGCACGUACGUGCCACGCACACCCAACCAUGAGUGAGGCUUUGAAGGAAGCUGCUAUGGCAACAUAUGACAAAGCCAUCCACAUUUAGAUUAUGUUAUUGCUAUUCCAAAUCUCUAAAAUUUCAAAGAUUUUUGAUGCCAUGUGGCACAUACAAUGAUAAUUCUCUUUGGAGAAGCAAAUAACUCAGGUACAUGUUUUGUCAAUAUGCAUCUCAUUACUAUUGAUUUUGAGUUACGAAGACGAGCCACUAAUCGGUUCAAUAAUUUUGCGUUGA